AUGUUGCAACCACAUUGCCAACAACAUCAUCUCUCCUCUUUGAAAUUAAAGAGUACUGAAACCAAUCAUGGAAGGAAUGAAAUAUCUUUUAUUAUGGAUGAAACAUCUUGUCAUGAUGAGUUCAUCCAUAAUAGAGAUACAUACUUUAAAUCAUCAUCAACACAUCGGAAUUGUUUGAUGAAAGAGGAUAUUCAUACAUUGGUGAAAAUCAUUUUGAUGGAUUUUUCAAACAAUAAUACUUCUUUUCAUCAUCCAUUUGGAAACAAUGAACGUUGUAUGGAUGAAUUAUUGAGAUUGAAAUUGUUAUUGAAGAAAAAAUUUAUAUUACAACAAAAAGGAAAGAAAAAGUGGUUGUUGAAUCGGGAAUUGAAAUAUGAAGGUUUCAUUCCGAUCGAGUUCAUAAAUGACAAACAAUUUGUGUUGAAUCAUAUCAAAAAGUAUGGUUAUGGAUUAGGAUUUGCAUCAUCAAAGAUGAAAGAAGAUAGAGAGUUUGUAUUGCAAGUGGUACAAUUGAAUGGGGACGAGAUACGAUAUGCCAGUUUCACAAUUCACAACGAUAAAGAAGUGGUGUUGGAAGCUAUAAAGAAAGAAGUAGAUUCGUUCAGAUUAGCGCCAGAGAAGCUUAGAAAAGAUAAGAAGUUCGUGUUGGAAGCUAUUCGAUUGAAUGACGAAUGUUUGUUUUUCUCUUUUUUCUGA